UAGCUGUAGUAAGUUGGCGUGACAGGCAGGAGCUUAAAUAGGAGCCCAUGAGGAAGCUGAGCUGGUUUGUAAUGAUAGGGCGGCAGCAGCAGCAGCCUCGGCAGCGACGUUGGUAGCAGGAGGAGGUGGAGAAUUGAGCGCACCGUGAACACACAGGUGUUUCUAAGUAGUAAUUAGAAAGCUGGGAAGGAUAAAACACACCUUGAGUGUUUACCUGUGAACAUACACUAGUGCCGAGAGACAGCCUGAAAGCAGAGAGGAAGACAUCGAGUAGUCACACCAAGAGACACUAGAGUUGAAAGUUUGGGAUUUUUUUUCCCCUCUGUUUGAUUUUUCCCCGUGUGUCACUACUAUGGUCAGAAAGCCUGUUGUGUCCACCAUCUCCAAGGGAGGUUACCUGCAGGGCAAUGUUAACGGGAGGCUGCCUUCUGGGGGUGGCAGGGAGCCACCCGGGCAGGAGAAAGUGGUGCUGAAGAAGAAAAUCACUCUGCUGAGGGGAAUCUCCAUCAUCACCGGCACCAUCAUUGGAGCCGGGAUCUUCAUCUCUCCCAGGGGCGUGCUCCAGAACACCGGCAGCGUGGGCAUGUCUCUCAUCAUCUGGACCCUGUGUGGGGUCCUGUCGCUGUUCGGAGCCUUGUCCUAUGCUGAACUGGGAACAAGUAUAAAGAAAUCUGGUGGUCAUUACACAUAUAUUCUGGAAGUCUUUGGUCCAUUACCAGCUUUUGUCCGAGUCUGGGUAGAACUGCUCAUAAUACGCCCUGCAGCUACUGCUGUGAUAUCCCUGGCAUUUGGACGCUACAUUCUGGAACCAUUUUUUAUUCACUGUGAAAUUCCUGAACUUGCAAUCAAGCUCAUUACAGCUGUGGGCAUAACUACCGUGAUGGUCCUAAAUAGCAUGAGUGUCAGCUGGAGUGCUCGGAUCCAGAUUUUCCUAACCUUUUGCAAGCUCACAGCAAUUCUGAUAAUUAUAGUCCCUGGAGUUAUGCAACUAAUUAAAGGUCAAACACAGCACUUUAAAGAUGCUUUUUCCGGAAGAGAUGCUAGUAUUAUGGGGUUGCCCCUAGCAUUUUAUUAUGGAAUGUAUGCAUAUGCUGGCUGGUUUUACCUCAAUUUUGUUACUGAAGAAGUAGAAAACCCUGAAAAAACCAUUCCUCUUGCAAUAUGUAUAUCCAUGGCCAUCGUCACCAUUGGCUAUGUGCUGACGAAUGUGGCCUACUUUACCACCAUUAGCGCAGAGGAGCUGUUGCUUUCAAAUGCAGUGGCAGUGACCUUUUCUGAGCGGCUACUGGGAAAUUUCUCAUUAGCAGUUCCGAUCUUUGUUGCCCUCUCCUGCUUUGGCUCCAUGAAUGGUGGUGUGUUUGCUGUCUCCAGGUUAUUCUAUGUUGCGUCUCGAGAGGGUCACCUUCCAGAAAUCCUCUCCAUGAUUCAUGUCCGCAAGCACACUCCUCUUCCAGCUGUUAUUGUUUUGCAUCCUCUGACAUUGAUAAUGCUCUUCUCUGGAGACCUCGACAGUCUUUUGAAUUUCCUCAGUUUUGCCAGGUGGCUUUUUAUUGGGCUGGUAGUUGCUGGGCUGAUUUAUCUUCGAUACAAACGCCCAGAUAUGCAUCGUCCUUUCAAGGUGCCACUGUUCAUCCCAGCUUUGUUUUCCUUCACAUGCCUCUUCAUGGUUGCCCUUUCCCUGUACUCGAACCCAUUCAGCACAGGGAUUGGCUUCGUCAUCACUCUGACCGGGGUGCCCGCAUACUAUCUCUUUAUCAUAUGGGACAAGAAGCCCAAGUGGUUUAGAAGAAUAUCAGACAGAAUAACGAGAACAUUACAGAUAAUACUUGAAGUAGUACCAGAAGAAGACUGUCAUAAAUUAUGAACUAAUACAUUUGAAAUCUUGGCCAUCUUCCCAAGGGCAAAGACACAAUAACAACAUGGAUCUUGACUUCUUGUUUUGCGAAAAUCCAGAGAAUUGCAACUUUGGUGAU